UUUAACGAUACUUAUCGUCGGAGUUGCAUCAUGGUUGAGAUAAGAGAAGAUGAACGUUACGAAUUUGAAGAGCAGUUUUCUCUGCAAUUUAUUGCGCUUGAAGGCACUAGUAUACCUAGUACCCUUGUACUCGAUCCACCCACAAGUACAAUUGUAAUCCGAGAUGCUCCAUUUGAGGGAUGCUACAACAAUUCUGCCUGCUCUGGUGAUAGCCUGGGACCUACAAAUGCUGAGGAUUGCUGUGUCAGCAGCGUAGGGACGUAUUUCAGUGAUGAAACUACUUGCUUCCAGUGCAUAGUAUACGGCUGGGGCACAGACAGUUUCCCUGCUAGUGAGGCCCAAUCACCUUACAGUAUUCCACUUGUCUACUCCAAGGGUCCAGCUACUCAAAUCGUUUUCACUGCCAAUGACACUUUAAAAGGAACAGCUACUCAAAACGUCGACUACAUUCAAAACCAACAAGUUGUGACUCUAUCUCUCAAUGCUGGUGCAACUCUUUCUGUCACUUUUUUAAUUGACACGAUUGCAUUCGAACCUGAUGAGACGUUUGUGCUGGAGCUUUCAGUGACUUCAAUUACACCAGCAACGAGUGUACCACUUCUGAAUGCUUCUCUACUAAAUGUGUUCUUUCAAAGUAGACAAAACUUCAUUAUACAGGACAGUACAGAUGAACCUCAAGUACAAUUCAGGGGAUGCUUUACUGAUCCUGGCUGUGCUACUCUUGCUGUGGGGGGACCUUCUUCCAAUGCUGAGGACUGUUGUGUCAAUAAUAAUGCAGGACUGUAUUACAAUGAUGGUGGUCAAUGCUGGCAGUGCAUAGUGUACGGCUUUGGCUCGGACAACUUCACUAGACCAGAGGCCCAAUUUCCUUAUGAUGUUCCAUUUGGAUACUUCAAGGGUCCAUCUAAUGCACAGCUUAGGAUGGCCAUUGACUACAAUGGGGAAGGAACAGCUUCAGAAGAUGAGUUUGGUAUAGGUCAGAGUGUUGUUUCUCUACCUCUCAACCCUGGCGGAACUAUCUCCAUCACCUUCCAAGCAGACAGAGUGGCAUUGGAACCAGAUGAGACUUUUGUGUUGGAGUUGACACUGAUUGAUGUGAUAAAUGGUGUUAGAGGAAACUUUGAGAUGUCUUUACCAAACGUUUUCUUUCGAAGUAGACAAAAGUUCAUUAUACAGGACAGUACAAUUCAAGCCCAAUUCACUGGAUGCUUCACUGAUCCUGACUGUGCUACUCUUGUUGUGGGGGGACCUUCUUCCAAUGCUGAGGACUGUUGUGUCAAUAAUAAUGCAGGACUGUAUUUCAAUAAUGCUGGAAGAUGCGUCCAGUGCAUAGUGUACGGCUGGAGCUCGGACAACUUCACUAGCCCAGAGGGCCAAUUUCGUUAUGAUGUACCACUUGCAUACUUCAAGGGUCCAUCUAAUGCACAGUUGAGGAUGGCCAUUGACUACAAUGGGGAAGGAACAGCUUCAGAGGAGGAGUUUGGUAUAGUUCAAAGUGUUGUCACUCUACCUCUCAACCCUGGAGGAACUACCUCCAUCAUCUUCCAAGCAGACAGAGUGGGAUUGGAACCAGAUGAGACUUUCGUGUUGGAGUUGAGACUGUUUGGCGUGGCAAAUGGUGACAGAGAUCUUUAUGAUCUAUCUUUGCCAAAUGUUUUCUUUCAGAGUAGACAGCAAUUUAUCAUACAAGAUACCACUAGUAUCGUUUUUCAAGUGAGAGAGAGUAACAAUCUUCGAGUUGUAAAUGAAGGUGAUGCAUCCAUCCCCAUUGAAGUGACAGUGGCCAAUGAGGUAGAACUGGCCUUCGAUAUCUCACUAGUUUUGACACCAAUGAUCGCUCCUGAAGAUUUUAGGCCUCUACCAACUACCAGACCAUUUGCACGAGCUAACACUAACCCAGACAGGAUAGAUUUCUUUACUACACCCAUCACACUGAAUUUUGUGGCUGGCAGGAAUCGUCUUUUGGCUGUAAAUGCACGUGCCUUGAUAUUUGAUGAUUUAAUUGACGAAGCCUUGGAAUAUUUUGUGAUUACUUUAACUUUUCAAAACCCUGAUGAUGUGCCGCCAUUAGCUUCAAUUGAAAGCGGUAUAAUUCGUAUCGACAUUGUAGACAACGAUGAUAUCUUUAUUGGAUUUGCCCUACCAAGUACAACAUAUCCGGAGGUUGAAAGCGAUCACCAAAUUCAAAUUAUCAAAGGAGAAGGCAAUGUCACUGAACAAACCAUCAGUUUUGUGGUUCAUUUGUUCCAAACUGCUCCAGAAGGACUUGAAACUGCAACUCCCUCAGAUUCCACAGGGGACAACGAUUUCUCAUUUCCAUCAACAAUUUUGCUCUCAAUAUUACCAACGGAAAAUGACACAUUUACAUCAGAUUUAACUAUAUUUGGGGACGAUCUGCCUGAGGUAACAGAAGCUGCUCAACUUAGACUAAGUCUACCCACUGAAAUGGAUAGAAUGUUCCCAGUGUUUGAGACCCUCCCCGAAUACGCUGAAUUCUUCAUCAUUAUUGAAGAUGAUGACCCAUUCCGCAUUGGCUUCGAGAACACCUCGUACAUAGUUAACGAAGGGAUUGGAUUUCUGGAAGUGUGUGUGAGAAUGUUUGAACCUCCAGAGGAAAGUUCAAUAGGAGAAUUAAUGGUCGGUCUUGGGGUUGAAACUGUACGAGGCACAGCAGAUGGAGAUGACUAUACGGAAAUGACUGGAGCCCGUGAUGCCUAUUCUGUAAGCUCUAGUGAUACUAAUCGUCGGAGUUGCAUCAUGGUUCAGAUAGAAGAUGAUAACCGUUACGAAUUUGAAGAGCAAUUUUCUCUGCAAUUUAUUGAGCUUGAAGGCACUACUUUAUCUAGUACUCUUGUACUCGAUCCAGCUCGCAGUAAUAUCACAAUUUUGGACAAUGAAGACGUGACUGUGGGUUUCAUUAACCCUCCAUACUCUGCCAGGGAGGACGAAGGACCAAUGAUAUUCACUGUGGGAGUGACUGGUCGCCAUACAUUGAACCGAGAUAUUGAGUUGUUCUUCUCGACUGCGAACGGUCUGAUAGCAGAUUUUGCUGCUAUGGCUGGUCUGGAGUACACUUCUAUUAUCAACAUGCCAAUCAUUCUGAGGCCAGGCAUGCAAACCAUACAGAUCGCAGUUGAUUUGAUCAAUGAUUCAAUAUUUGAGAAUGAUGAAAUGUUUCAAGGUACACUAACCAUCAUUAGUGGGGAGAGAGUGUCCCUGAGUCCAGGCACUGCCGACGCUACAAUCAUCGAGGACGAAGUUGUUUGUCAAGAGUUGGAAUUGCUUGUUAAUGGUCGUAUUGAGUACUCACCUGACACGACGGCUCCAUACCUCGAGGGAACUAACGCUGAGCACAUCUGUUUCCCUGGGUUCUUUCUUAUCGGAAACGUGAUCAGAGUUUGUCAGAGUGACAGCACUUUCAGUGGAGUACCACCAACGUGUCAACCCAUUCAGUGUAAUCCCCUCGAUGGAAUUGAGAAUGGAGUCAUCACCUACGCUACUGACAUCACACCUAACCAUGAUCUGGGCACUAUGGCUACUUAUGAGUGUGACCCUGGGUAUUUUCUUGACUCCCUUGGGGGAUCUAUAACUAGAACUUGUAUGGAUGAUAAUGGACUGGAUGCUAUUGGACACUUUAGUGGACAAGCUCCAAGAUGUAUUCGUCCAUGUGACAAUCUUCCACCGUUAUUCAACGGAAUGAUCACCUACAAUACAUCCCAAGGACUUCUAGAGACUGUUGCCACCUACACUUGUAAUGAUGGGUUCACACUUCUUGGAAGUCAUCUAAGAAUCUGUGAGGAGGGAGUGUGGGAGGAAGCUAGCCCUUCAUGCUUACAAGAUGCUAUAACUCCAAGUGGUACUCCAAUGAUUGGACGAAGCUUCUCCUUAUUAUGCACUGUGACUGAGACUGACUCACUUCAGCUCACCAUUUCCUACUACUGGUUCAGAGGACAACUGCCACUUACUACUAAUUCUGGUCUUCUCACCUUCGACACAUUGUUCCUGUCAGACGCUGGACUGUACAGAUGUGAGGUCACUGUGGGCUCUGAUGAGCACCAAAUUACUGUUAACUCAAGCUAUGACAUCGAUUUCAAAAGUCUUCACGUCCAGCUGCGACUCAUUAUCAGUUCUAAUUGCGGAGCAUACACUCAGUCAGAAACAGCUAUCAAAACGAGCGACAUCACUAAUGAAUUUUCCCACGGUGUCGAUGAGCUUUGUCAAUGUGGUUUCAACACAUCUCUUAUCUCAAGACCAUUUAUCCGCUGCUUUGAGAACUCUCCAAAUCAUGUGACAUACAGAGCAGUUCUGAGCAGCAGUAAAAUUCUCACAAUUUUAUCCUUUAUUGAUCGAUGGAGCAAAGAGACUCCCAGCAUCAUUGUGCAGAGUGCAGGACUUCGCAUCAACAGCACUUGUCCGGUGAUUAUUGCCAAUCCUGAUAGUCCCGAAUGCCCUGAAGAUCUCACUAAUCGCACGUUGAUAAUAACAGUAAACACAGAUAAUACUCCACUUUUGAGUGUAGGUGCUGUGAUUGGCAUUGUGAUUGGAUCAUUGGCUCUUAUAGUUGCUCUAUUGGUGAUCGUCAUUUUGCUGGUUGCUCUGAGAUGUCAGAGAUAUAAAUCGAAGACCUUGUGUAUCAAUGAAAGUAACCCACCAGAUCUAGAUAUGAAACCUGAAACUGUUCCGGAUGAGCUUCCUGAUCAUGCCUAUGAUUACAUCAGUGUAUUUCAAGAAGCAAAUUUGAAGGGCACAUCUGGAAACCUUCAACCCUCUGUAUCAGGGGACGGUGCUUCAGAGGUGCAGUUUGAACUAACACCUUGUGAUGCUUAUGGGCCUGGAAACCCUCAACCCUCUACAGUAGGGGACGAUGCUUCAGAGAUGCAGAUUGAACUAACCAUCCUGUGAUACUUACGAGCCUGUAACAGUACUGUCCAUGCAGGAUGACAGUUAAUUAGUUAUAUUGUACAGAAGAGAUUAUAAUUAUAGUACUAUACAUGUGAAGCUGAACAUAGUUAACGAGUGUUGCAAGCGUGCGCUUGCUAAUGCCUCUCGCCAUGUUUUUGCUUUCGCUCAAAAGUAUUAGAGUGUUAUAGAAGAGGUAAAUAAUUUGCAAUGUGCUUUAAUUGUUUCACAAGAAAGG